AUGAGGAGACUGAGUUUGUGGUGGCUGCUGAGCAGGGUCUGUCUGCUGCUACCGCCGCCCUGCGCACUGGUGCUGGCCGGGGUGCCCGGCUCCUCCUCGCACCCGCAGCCCUGCCAGAUCCUCAAGCGCAUCGGGCACGCGGUGAGGGUCGGCGCGGUGCACUUGCAGCCCUGGACCACGGCCCCCCGCGCAGUCAGCCGCGCUCCGGACGGCAGCCGGGCAGGCGCCCCGCGGGAUGAGCCCCAGCCAGGGACUUGGCGGCCCCCGGCGCCCUGGCCCGGCGUUCGCUGGUUGGGGAGCGCCUUGCAUGGCCGGGGGCUGCCUGGUGCCCGGAAGCCCGGGGAGAGUGCCAGGGCGGAGACCCUGUGGCCUCGGGACGCCCUCCUCUUUGCCGUGGACAACCUGAACCGCGUGGAAGGGCUGCUGCCCUACAACCUGUCUUUAGAAGUAGUGAUGGCCAUCGAGGCGGGCCUGGGCGAUCUGCCGCUCUUGCCCUUCUCCUCCCCUAGCUCGCCGUGGAGCAGUGACCCUUUCUCCUUUCUGCAGAGCGUGUGCCACACCGUGGUGGUGCAAGGGGUAUCGGCGCUGCUCGCCUUCCCCCAGAGCCAAGGAGAAAUGAUGGAGCUCGACUUGGUCAGCUCCGUCCUGCACAUUCCAGUGAUCAGCAUCGUGCGCCACGAGUUUCCACGGGAGAGUCAGAAUCCCCUUCACCUACAGCUGAGUUUAGAAAAUUCAUUAAGUUCUGAUGCUGAUGUCACUGUCUCAAUCCUGACCAUGAACAACUGGUACAAUUUUAGCUUGUUGCUGUGCCAGGAAGACUGGAACAUCACCGACUUCCUCCUCCUUACCCAGAAUAAUUCCAAAUUUCUCCUUGGGUCUGUCAUCAACAUCACGGCCAACCUCUCCUCCACCGAGGACCUGUUAAGCUUCCUGCAGGUCCAGCUUGAGAGCAUUAAGAACAGCACGCCCACAAUGGUGAUGUUUGGCUGCGACAUGGAGAGUAUCCGGCGGAUUUUUGAAAUUACCACCCAGUUUGGGGUAAUGCCCCCUGAGCUUCGUUGGGUGCUGGGGGAUUCACAGAACGUCGAGGAGCUGAGGACAGAAGGUCUUCCCUUAGGGCUCAUUGCUCAUGGGAAAACAACGCAGUCAGUCUUUGAGUACUAUGUGCAAGAUGCCAUGGAACUGGUCGCAAGAGCUGUAGCCACAGCCACCAUGAUCCAGCCAGAACUUGCCCUCAUUCCCAGCACAAUGAACUGCAUGGAUGUGGAAACUACAAAUCUCACUUCAGGACAGUAUCUGUCAAGGUUUCUAGCCAACACCACUUUCAGAGGCCUCAGUGGUUCCAUCAAAGUAAAAGGUUCCUCCAUCAUCAGUUCAGACAACAACUUUUUCAUCUGGAAUCUGCAACAUGACCCCAUGGGAAAGCCAAUGUGGACACGCUUGGGCAGCUGGCAGGAGGGAAAUGUGGUCAUGGACUACGGAAUAUGGCCAGAGCAGGCCCAGAGGCACAAAACCCACUUCCAGUACCCAAGUAAGCUACACUUGAGAGUGGUUACCCUGAUCGAGCAUCCAUUUGUCUUCACACGGGAGGUAGAUGAUGAAGGCUUGUGCCCUGCAGGCCAACUCUGCCUAGACCCCAUGACUAAUGACUCUUCCACAUUGGACAACCUUUUUAGUAGCCUUCAUAGCAGUAAUGAUACAGUGCCCAUCAAACUCAAGAAGUGCUGCUAUGGAUAUUGCAUUGAUCUGCUGGAGAAGCUAGCAGAAGACAUGAACUUUGACUUUGACCUCUAUAUUGUUGGAGAUGGAAAGUAUGGGGCCUGGAAAAAUGGGCACUGGACUGGACUGGUGGGUGAUCUUCUGAGUGGGUCAGCCCACAUGGCAGUCACUUCCUUCAGCAUCAAUACUGCACGAAGCCAGGUAAUAGAUUUUACCAGUCCUUUUUUCUCCACCAGCUUGGGCAUCUUAGUAAAGACCCGAGACACAGCAGCUCCCAUUGGAGCCUUCAUGUGGCCACUCCACUGGACAUUGUGGCUAGGGAUUUUUGUGGCUUUGCACAUCACUGCCAUCUUCCUCACUCUGUAUGAAUGGAAGAGUCCCUUUGGUCUGACUCCCAAGGGGCGGAAUAGGAGUAAAGUUUUCUCCUUCUCUUCAGCCUUGAAUGUCUGUUAUGCCCUCUUGUUUGGUAGAACGGCAGCAAUCAAACCCCCAAAAUGCUGGACUGGAAGGUUCCUAAUGAACCUUUGGGCCAUCUUCUGUAUGUUUUGCCUUUCUACAUACACAGCAAACUUGGCGGCUGUCAUGGUGGGUGAGAAGAUCUAUGAAGAGCUUUCUGGAAUACAUGACCCUAAGCUCCAUCAUCCGUCCCAAGGCUUCCGCUUUGGAACUGUCCGGGAAAGCAGUGCUGAAGAUUAUGUGAGGCAAAGCUUCCCAGAGAUGCAUGAGUACAUGAGAAGAUAUAAUGUACCAGCCACCCCCAAUGGAGUGGAGUAUCUGAAGAAUGAUCCAGUGAAACUAGACGCCUUCAUCAUGGACAAAGCCCUUCUGGAUUAUGAAGUGUCAAUAGAUGCUGACUGCAAACUUCUUACCGUGGGAAAGCCAUUUGCCAUAGAAGGAUACGGCAUUGGGCUCCCACCCAACUCUCCGCUGACCUCCAAUAUAUCCGAGCUAAUCAGUCAAUACAAGUCCCACGGGUUUAUGGAUGUGCUGCACGACAAGUGGUACAAGGUGGUUCCCUGUGGCAAGAGAAGCUUUGCUGUCACCGAGACUCUGCAAAUGGGCAUCAAACAUUUCUCUGGACUCUUUGUGCUACUGUGCGCAGGACUAGGUCUGUCCAUCUUGACAGCCAUUGGUGAGCACAUAGUGUACAGGCUGCUGCUACCACGAAUCAAGAACAAAUCUAGGCUGCAAUACUGGCUCCACACCAGCCAGAGAUUACAUAGAGCACUAAACACAUCAUUUGUAGAGGAAAAGCAGCCACGUUUCAAGACUAAACGUGUGGAAAAGAGGUCCAAUGUGGGACCCCGUCAGCUCUCCGUGUGGAAUACUUCCCAUCAGACACAUGACAACCAACGAAAAUACAUCUUUAGUGAGGAGGGAGAACAAAACCAGCUGUGCAUUGGGGCCCACCAGGACAUCCCUCUCCCUCCGAGGAGAAGAGAGCUCCCUGCCUCGCUGACCACCAACGGGAAAGCGGAGUCUGUACACGGGGCACGGAACUCAGUGAUGCAGGAGCUCUCGGAGCUGGAGAAGCAGAUUCAGGUGAUCCAGCAGGAGCUGCAGCUGGCUGUGAGCAGGAAAACGGAGCUGGAAGAGUAUCAACGGACAAAACGGACUCGUGAGUCCUAG